UCAGGGAAAAUGAAACUGUGACUUUUGACUAUUGAAGUUGAUUGAGGCAGCAGCAUUGCAGCAAAACUGUCAUGUCACAUAAAAGGACGCAUCCCUCUGGUGAAGAGAAAAGAAAAAAGAAGAAAACCGAGGAAGAGAAAAAACCGCAAAAUGAAGCCAUGGCGUCCUCCAGUGAUCCUCCAGUGCUCUGUGACAUCUGUGAUAAAAGAAAGCAGAAAGCUGUGAAGUCCUGCCUGACGUGUCAAAGCUCUUACUGUGAUGAUCAUCUGGAGCCUCAUCUCAGAGUCACAGGUCUGAAGAAACACACACUGAUCGACGCUGUGGAAAAUCUGGAGGAUUAUAUAUGCCAGAAACACGAGAGACCUCUGGAGAUGUUCUGCAGAGAUGAUCAGACAUGUGUUUGUCUGUUCUGCACUGAAGGAGAUCACAGGACUCACAACACUGUUCCUAUAGAGGAGGAGAGUCGAGAGAAGAAGAUUAAUUUGGCUAAGAGACAAACUGACGUUCAUCAGAUGAUCCAGGACAGAACAAAGAAAAUUAAAGAAAUCCAGGACUCAGUAGAGCUGAGAAAGAGAAACACAGAGAAAUCCUCCAGUGUUGAGCUCUUCACUGAUCUGAUCUGCUCCAUUGAGAGAUGUAAGUCUGAGCAGCUGAAGAUGAAGAAGGAACAGAAGAAAGUAGAGAAACAGGCUGAAGAGUUCACUAAAGAGCUGCAGCAGGAAAUCACUGAGCUGAAGAAGAGAAACACUGAGCUGGAGCAGCUCUCACACAUUGACGAUCAUCUCCAUGUCUUACAGAUGUACUCAUCCCUGUACAGUCAUCCACACACCAAGAACUGGACUGAGAUCAGGAUUGACUCUGAUGUGGAUGUGAACUCUCUGAUUGGAGUUCUGCUUCAACUGAAGAAAUCUCAAGAGACACUAAAUGAAAAACUCAGUCAAACUGUGUUGAGGUUUGUGCAGAAGUUUGCAGUGGAUGUGACUCUGGAUCCUGAUACUGCACAUCCACGUCUCAUCCUGUCUGAUGAUGGAAAACAAGUCAGUCAUGGAGACAUUAAGAAGAAUGUCCCAGAAAACUCAAAGAGAUUUGAUGCCUGGUUUUGUGUUCUGGCAAAGCAGGGAUUCAGUUCAGGGAGAUUUUACUAUGAGGUGCAGGUGAAGGGAAAGACUGAUUGGGGUUUAGGAGUGAUCAGAGAAUCCAUUAACAGGAAGGAGAAGAUCACACUGACUUCUGUGAAUGGAGUCUGGACUGUGUUUCUGAGGAAUGAGAAUCAGUAUAUAGCUUGUGAUAAUCCUGUUGUCUCUUUAUCUCUGAGAGUGAAACCUGAGAAGGUGGGAGUGUUUGUGGAUUAUGAGGAGGGUCUGGUCUCUUUUUAUGACGUGGGCUCCAGAUCUCUUAUCUACUCUUUCACUGGUCAGACUUUCACUGAGAAACUCUAUCCAUUAUUUUACCCAGUCCUUAAAAAUGAAGGUAAAAACUCAAACCCACUGAUUAUCUCACCGGUCAGUUGAACCAAACAAAUAAAUAAAAUAAAAUCUGAGAUUGCUGUUUUUAGAAUUUGUAAAUAAAAAGGCCCUCAAAAAACAUCAACUAUAAUGAAAUAUUUGUGUUAUAUGUUGUGUAAAAAAAUAUUUCAUUGCGGUUACUUUUGAAUCGGCAAUUCAGAGUCUAUAUUUUCUAAUCAACACAAUGAUUUGUUUGCUUAUCUUCCAUUAAUACUUUGUUUUUGAUUUUCAAAUCUACUAUGAAAUUUUACAUAAUAUGAUUUAAUAUUACAUAGUGAAAUUCCACACAAUAUACAACAUUUCCAAAAUUACCAGAGUGUUUCUGGAUCCCAAGACCCUGUGUAAAGUGUGUUAAUGCGUGUUUAAAUAAACAUGUUUUUGCUAAUUAUAUUUCAUAUAUGUCAUCAUGACUUCUCGUUUGUGAAUAAAAU